UUUUGGCCUUUUGGUCUUUUACAAACCAAAAGCUGGGUCUCUGUUUCCUAUUUUUUUCUCAGGCGAAGAACCUCCCUUCAUCUGGUGAGCUUAGCAUUGUCUUCUUGAGUUGAAAGACUUGAAAGGGUUUAGGCUUUCCUCACUUGUACACUUCAAACCCAAAUGCCUCUCUUGGUGCUUCUGUGACCAUUGAAGAAGAAGCAGCUCUCUUGAUGUCUACUUCACUUGGAGGACUUCUCAAUUUUUUGGGUAAAACUCAAUCCUCUCAUCUCAUCUCUUUGAUUUUGUGGUAAAAAUUAAAGGCAACCUAACAGUGGUAUCAGAGCAUUGAAGGUCCUACAAAACAAAACAGCUAAGGUGAUCAUCUUAGCAGCAAAAGUCCAAAGAAUGGCAGCAAGUUCCAGCAUUACAACCUUCAAAUAUUCACCAGCCGGACCACCGAUUUUUGAAGGAGAAAAUUACCAUUUUUGGAGCACUCAAAUGAGAACCUUUUUCAUCUCAAAAGAUCUGUGGGAUUUGGUUGAAAAUAGCUACGAAAGCCCUCAAAGCCAAGAAGAAUAUUCAGCAUGGUCAGAGGCAAGGAAGGAGAAGUUGAAAGAACAUAAGAUGAAAGAUGCCAAAGCCUUGUACUACAUUCAACAAGCAAUCACAAUAACAAUUGCUCCGAGGAUAAUGGCUGCAACAAAAUCUAAAGAAGCAUGGGAGAUUUUGAAGAAUGAGUUUCAAGGAUCGGAGAAGGCGAUUGUUGCCAAACGUCAAACUCUUUGGAGAGAAUUUGACAAUUUGAUGAUGGAGGAAGGUGAGUCCUUUGAAAUUUUCUUUUCAAGAGUUUUUACCGUCAUUAAUCAAUUGAAGGGUUGUGGUGGUAUAAUACCAGAUAAGAGAGCAGUAGAAAAAGUCUUGAGAAGCCUUCCCAUUAAAUACGAUCGUGUGGUGGCUGGCAUAAAAGAAUCAACAAAUUUAUCAACUCUUACUUUGCAUGAACUAAUGGGUUCCCUUCAAGUGGAUGAAGAAAGAAUGAAUAGAUUUUCUGAUCAGCCCUUUGAGCAAGCUUUUCUUUGUUCCAGCAUUACAACCUUCAAAUAUUCACCAGCCGGACCACCGAUUUUUGAAGGAGAAAAUUACCAUUUUUGGAGCACUCAAAUGAGAACCUUUUUCAUCUCAAAAGAUCUGUGGGAUUUGGUUGAAAAUAGCUACGAAAGCCCUCAAAGCCAAGAAGAAUAUUCAGCAUGGUCAGAGGCAAGGAAGGAGAAGUUGAAAGAACAUAAGAUGAAAGAUGCCAAAGCCUUGUACUACAUUCAACAAGCAAUCACAAUAACAAUUGCUCCGAGGAUAAUGGCUGCAACAAAAUCGAAAGAAGCAUGGGAGAUUUUGAAGAAUGAGUUUCAAGGAUGGGAGAAGGCGAUUGUUGCCAAACGUCAAACUCUUUGGAGAGAAUUUGACAAUUUGAUGAUGGAGGAAGGUGAGUCCAUCGAAAUUUUCUUUGCAAGAGUUUUUACUGUCAUUAAUCAAUUGAAGGGUUGUGGUGGUAUAAUACGAGAUAAGAGAGCAGUAGAAAAAGUCUUGAGAAGCCUUCCUGUUAAAUACGAUCGUGUGGUGGCUGGCAUAAAAGAAUCAACAAAUUUAUCAACUCUUACUUUACAUAAACUAAUGGGUUCCCUUCAAGUGGAUGAAGAAAGAGUGAACAGAUUUUCUGAUCAGUUAUUGGAGCAAUCGUUUCAAACAAAGAUGAAUAUGUCAGAGAAAACGGAUGGAGGAAACAAGAGACAAAAUCAAGGCAGUCAAUUUCAGAGAGGCCAAUCCAAUCGUGGCCACGGAAGAGGAGGAAAAAUGCACACUCAACGGACUGCAAGAGAUAUAUCACAAUCUGAAUCUUGCUGCAGCAAGAAUACUAAUCAUGGAAGCAUGGACUGCUCUUUCAAAAAACUGACAAGAUUCAAGAAUAAUAACCAUCUUGAAAAAGAUAGUGGGUUUCGUAAAAAGGAUGAAGCUAACUUUUCAGAAAAGGGUGAAACUUCAAACCAACAGUGCUAUCCCUACAUGAACAGUCAACAAGAACCACAAGACACUCUGGAUAUAGACAGCAGAUGCAGCAACCAUAUGAUGGGAAACAAGAGCAGCUUUGUUAGCUUGGAUGAUGGGAAGUUUCAGAACAUUAAAGGAAAGAUGCACACUCAACGGACUGCAAGAGAUAUAUCACAAUCUGAAUCUUGCUGCAAAUUUUGCAAGAAUACUAAUCAUGGAAGCAUGGACUGCUCUUUCAAAAAACUGACAAAAUUCAAGAAUAAUAACCAUCUUGAAAAAGAUAGUGGGUUUCGUAAAAAGGAUGAAGCUAACUUUUCAGAAAAGGGUGAAUCUUCAAACCAACAGUGCUAUCCUUACAUGAACAGUCAACAAGAACCACAAGACACUCUGGAUAUAGACAGCAGAUGCAGCAACCAUAUGAUGGGAAACAAGAGCAGCUUUGUUAGCUUGGAUGAUGGGAAGUUUCAGAACAUUAAAGGAAAGAGCACCAUUGCUGUGAAAACAAAGGGAGCCAUGGAAGCAUCAACUUCUUCUGAGGUUAACUUUCAGAUUCCAGCCAGUUCCCGCAUACCACUUUCUGUUCCAUCUGUAGUUGAAGGUGAAUCAGCCAUCUCAGGGUUUACAAGUACUUUUCAAUCUGAAGAGUCACUUCCAUUGAUUUCGAGGCCUGAUGGUCUAGGAAAGCUGCAAUCUGUUGAAGGAAUGACUAUUCAAAAAUCUUUUGAAUUGAUGGACAAUGUCAAACCCAUUCAGAAUGUGGUCAAGGCGUUAGCAACUAAUGAUGAGCUGCGGAAUGCUUUUCUAAAAGUUAAGGAAGUACAGGAAUUCAAGCAGCGGCUAAAGACAGGAGAUAAUGAUUAGAGAGGGAGGUGCACGGCUUGUUUGGGGAAUGGGACUAUGGAAUAGACGCACAGUGUAUUUUUGUGUACAAGUUUAUUUCUUCAUUUUGUAAACGUCGGCCUAACAGCCUUUUUGUUAUAAAUAAAUAGAAGCUCUGAUGUAUAUUUUGAUACCUUUAUGUAAAUAACUAUUUCCGCGUUUGUUUGUUAAUCAGUUUAGUUGUACAAUCGGCCUUGGAUAACCAUGGUCACUGGUCGGCCACGAUGCCUGACUCUAGGGUAUCGGGAGCAGGUCAUGACAAAAAUUAUAUGCAUGUAGACUGAAAAGUGUGAUGGUCCACAUUCGAAAUGAAUCUAGUACACAUCUAAAUUUUUGUUUGUAAGUAUUUUUUGGGCUAUGUAAUAUUAUUGUUACAAAAAUAUCAUUAAAAAAUGUGGUGAAUA